UGUAAAGAGAGUUACAAAAGACAAUGAUAUACACGAGAUUCGAUUUCAAGUCUUGGUUACACCUCAAGCCUUUAACAAACAUAUGAUCAUGCGUGACAAUAUAAUUGUACAUUAUAGUCUUUUUUUUUUUUUUUCUUAACCCUUCCAAAUAUUAAAAAAUAAAAAAAAAUAAUAAAAAAAAAAACCUCCACUUACUUUACCAUUUUUUAUCCUUCAAUAUAGUUUUCUCCUUUUCUCCUUUCUUACACAGUGUCAUUUCUUCCUCCCUUCAACUUUCACCAGUGACAGCAAAAUCUUCGCAAACAAAGUUCAAUUUCAACAUCUAAAAUUUCUACUCAUAUUAAAUUUCUCGACGCAAAGGGUCGAAGCUUUAACAUCAAAAUCAACCAUUGAACCUCGUCAUAAUCUCCAGGAGAGAGAAAACCUGAGAAAGAGACACAAACAUGCUACAAUGCAUAUUCAUCUUAUCAGAUUCUGGGGAGGUUGUGCUGGAAAAACAGCUGACCGGCCACCGGGUUGAUCGGUCUAUUUGUGAUUGGUUCUGGGAUCAAGCCAAUUCUCAAGGUGAUUCCUCUUCCAAGCUUCCAUCAGUUAUUGCUUCACCAACAUAUUACAUUUUCCACAUUGUUCGCGAUGGGAUCAUAUUUUUAGCUUGUUCUCAAGUUGAAAUGCCGCCUUUGAUGGCAAUUGAGUUUCUUUGCAGAGCAGCUGAUGUACUUUCAGACUAUCUUGGAGGAAUGAAUGAAGACAUAAUCAAGGACAACUUUGUUAUUGUGUAUGAGCUUCUUGAUGAGAUGAUCGAUAAUGGCUUUCCUCUGACAACAGAGCCUAACAUCCUGAGAGAGAUGAUUGCCCCACCAAACAUUAUCAGCAAAGUAUUGAGUGUUGUGACUGGUAAUAGUUCCAAUGUUAGCAGCACGCUCCCAGGUGCAACAGCAUCAUGUGUGCCAUGGAGGACGACAGAACUUAAGCAUUCAAGCAAUGAAGUGUAUGUUGACCUCGUUGAAGAAAUGGAUGCAAUCAUAAAUAGGGAUGGCGUUUUAGUAAAGUGUGAGGUCUAUGGUGAAGUUCAAGUCACUUGCCAUCUUUCAGGUGUCCCUGACUUAACAUUGUCAUUUGCAAAUCCCAGCAUCUUAAACGAUGUAAGGUUCCAUCCUUGUGUCCGGUUUCGACCAUGGGAGUCACAUCAAAUCUUGUCUUUCGUGCCACCUGAUGGACAGUUUAAGCUUAUGAGUUACAGGGUCAAAAAGUUAAAGAGUACCCCGUUAUAUGUCAAACCACAAUUCACUUCAGAUUCUGGUGCAUGUCGUGUUAGUGUUAUGGUUGGAAUAAGGCAUGAUCCUGGAAAGACUAUCGAUUCUAUAACAGUGAAGUUUCAAUUGCCCCCUUAUGUUGUAUCUUCAGAUCUGACAGCAAAUCAUGGAACAGUGGACAUCCUUGCUAACAAGGUCUGUUCUUGGUCUAUUGGCGGAAUACCGAAGGACAAAACCCCUUCUUUGACAGGAACAUUAAUGCUUGAAGCAGGCUUUGAAAAGCUUCAUGUAUUCCCAACUUUUGUAGCAGAGUUCCGCAUCAUGGGUGUUGCUCUUUCUGGCCUGAAAAUAGAUAAACUUGAAGUGUCAAAUGUAGCAAAUCGCCCUUACAAGGGUUUCAAAGCUCUUACUCGAGCAGGGGAGUAUCAAGUGAGGUCAUAAAGUUAAAAGGCUCUGGAUUUGUGCCCCGAGACCUUGGGAAACGACUGUACAAAUAACAUCUGCCUUUUUGAAGCUUUGCAGAAAUCAGGGUGUUUCCUCGUAUCUCAAUCAUUCAUUGGACCUUGGUGCUAGGAAUUGCAUGAUAUCAGUUUGUCAAUUUAUGUGAGCCAUCUUUAGAGCUUAUGGUGUGUGAGAGUAGUUGAUUUAUUUAUUUAUUAUGAGUUAUCCGUAUCAUAUGUGUAGACUUCAUAAAAAAUUAGCGAUUCAGAGAG